CAUAAAUGGCGGAUUUACGCAAAUGGGAAAGAACGCCAGUUGUAUUUAAUUUAUUGUGAUGAAAUAAUUUUUAAUUUUUAUUAAAACUUUAAUGAUUUUAAUUCUGUAGUAUUUAUUAUAACUCAUAGUACAAUGUCUCGUUCCGUGCGUGCUGAAACUAGGAACCGUGUGAAAGAUGACAUCAAAAGAGUCAUGCAAGCUGUUGAAAAAGUUCGCCAUUGGGAGAAAAAAUGGGUGACUAUAGGGGAAACAACCAUGAAGAUAUACAAAUGGGUGCCGAUAUCCACGAAUGAACAGAAGAAGAAACAUGCAGCGAAACGAGAAAAUAAGGAGAAUACACUAACACCAAAAAAAAUGCACGAUUCUUCAAAUUCCAAUUUCGGAAUGGCUGAGGACUCGAAUACAUGUUUCUCAACAGUAAGUGACUCUCAGGGCCCUACAGAUUUCACCUCCACGCACAUGAACUUUUCUGAGGACUCCAAUUCACAGAGCAGUGGUACCACAACACCAGCGAAAAGAUUAAAAACAGACUGAGGUAUGACCAAAAGUUAAAAUUUUUGGUUUCCAAAUAUAUAGACUUUAUACAAAGCAAAGGACAUAUAUAUAAUGAAAUGUGAGCUGUGUGUCAGUGUUAGUGAUGUUUUAACAAAUAUGAAUGCAUAUAUGAUCUUAAUUUUAUGUAGUUUUCACAGACAUUGAUAUUAAUUGUAACAUAUGAUUAUAUUUUAUGUGAAGACUGUUCAGAAUAUACUUUUUGAACUGA